GUCAUUAACAUAGUGUAUAACUAUAUUAUAAUUUUGUGAUAUAAAAAAAAAUUUAAUGAUCUAUUAUAUCUAAUUAUUGGUAAAUUGUUUACAAAUAAAAUCUGUAUAUUUAUUGUACAUAUAUUAUAUUAAAUAUUAUAAAUAAAUGUCCAUAUUAUAUUGUUAAAAAAUAAAUAAAUAAAUAAAUGGAAAAACACAUUGAAUAAUUGUUAUGAAUAAAAAUCGAGGUCAUGUUUGUGUAAUUGAAUAUGAAUUGAAUAACAAUAUCUGUAGUUUUCCAAGGAUCAUCAUCUGGUCAUCAUCAUCAUCAUCAUCAUCAUGCGUCAAGAACAGUCAAGAAAAGCUAAUUUUGUAAAAAUCCAGAUGGCACUGUUUUUUUUUUUUCUUUUUUGAGUAAACAGAAAAACAGGGGGUAAAAUUAUCUAUAUAAAUAAAUAUAAAUAAAGAGCUUGACUCGCAAUUUAUUAACAUCACACAUAAAUAUAUCAUGAAAAUAGAAAGAGCCAAUAACAAUAUGUUAUCUUUAUCAUACCUCAACACACUCGUAUUUUUAUUAAUCGCAAUUUGUCCUUUGCAACUGAUUAACUGUGAUCUCGACAUUGCUAAAAAUAUGUCAUCAUCAUCAUCAUCAUCAUCAGAAACUCAAAAUCAAAAUGGUAAAAUUCAAAUUUGGCAAAUAAAUUCAUAUGGAGGUAUUGGUGAAUUAAAAUUAGCUGAAAAUGUCAUACCAAUUAAUUUAAAAUCAAAUGAUGUUUUGGUGAAAAUUGAAGCAUCAAGUGUUAAUCCACUUGACACCAUGAUGACACGUGGAUAUGGUAAAAAUGUUCUGAAUUUAUUGAGAACACUUGAUACAUGGAGUUUUGGAUCAGAAUUUCCAUUGACUGUUGGUCGUGAUUUUUCUGGUAUUGUUGUUGCAAAAGGUAGCAAUGUUCCUGAUGAUAAAUUAUUAAUUGGUGAUGAAGUUUGGGGUGUUGUAUCACCAGAAAAACAAGGUUGUCAUGCCAGUCACAUUGUCAGUGACAAAACAUGGGUAACAAAAAGACCAAAAAAUAUGACAUAUAUUGAAUCAGCAAGUGUUAUUUAUGCUGGAUUAACAGCAUGGUCAGCAUUGUGGUUUACAGGUGAUUUAAAAACAAAAGUUAAAAAUGGAAAACAAGAUGGAAUGAAAAUACUUAUUCUUGGUGGAUCUGGUGGUGUUGGAUCAAUGGCUAUUCAAAUUGCCAAAGCUUGGAAUCUUCGAGUAAUAACAACUUGUAGUCCUGAUGCUGUUGAAACUGUUGAAAAACUUGGAGCAGAUGUUGUUGUUAAUUAUCGUGCUGAUGAUGCUGAUGAAAAAAUUAAAAAUGAAGGAAAAUAUGAUGUUAUAUUGGAUGCAGCAAAUCAAGGUCUUGAAGAUGUUCAAAGACGUGGAUUUAUUCACAAAACAUUCAUCAGUUUAAAUUCACCAUUGUUAAAUAAUACUGAUAAAUAUGGUGUUGUUUUUGGUGGUAUAACAAGUUUAUGGGAUCUUGUUAAAUAUAAUAUGCCUGGUAAUAACAACAAGGGUUGGUACAAGUGGGGAUUUUUUACACCAUCACCAGAAGGAAUUGCAUUUUUAAAAAAACUUGUUGAUAAUAAUCAACUUGUUCCAAUUGUACAACAAGUUUAUCCAUUCAAAGACACACCAAAAGCAUACGAGAGAGUUGACAAAGGUCAUCUUCGUGGAAAAAUUGUCAUUGACAUGAAACAAUAAUUUAAUUUUCUUUUCAAAAAUCAAUAACAAUUGUUGUUUUUCUUUUUUCGUAUUUUUGUAUAAUAAUAAAUUGCGUUUGAUCAUUUAUCAAUAAUAUUUUAAUUGUUUAUGUGUGUAAAUUUAAUUAUUUUUAUUACAACAUUAAUUAACAAAAAUAACAAUAUUAUAAUUUUAAGAAAAUUAAUUUUAUUUAAUGAAUUUACAUUGAGGAAUGACAUCUGUCUAGUGACAUCUCAUACAUGUUGUUUUUGUUUUUGUUGUUGUUGUUGACUACAUGUUUAAUAACAUAAUAAACAUACAAAAGAAAAAAAAAAAAAAGAUAUAAAUAUUAAAUUAAAUGAAAUUGAAUUGAAGAAAAAAAAAAAA